AUCAAGUGGGGACUGACUUUAGCUUUUAAGGCACCCAAUCCUUCCACAUUGGCCAUUGAAGAUCACAAACCUGAUCUUCCAGGCUCAGCCCUCUGACACUCUGCCUUCCAUUGAUUCAUAAUGUUAACAAGUGUCUACCAUGUGGAUGUCUUUAAGCUUGAAAAAAGAAACAAAAAGCCCCAGAUUAAUGUAACACAAAGUCAAAGCUACCUCUUAUAUUGCAAUGCCAAAGGCAUGGGCAAAACAAUGUCUUUUUUUCGCUAGUAGAGAACAUGAAUUAUCCUAAUAUCACUAGUGAGGGAAUCAAAUUGAGAACUGAUGGAAGGGUUAAAGUUCCAGCGAAAAAAGCAAAAGAAAAACACAAAUGAUCUUGAAAACGAUAAUUGUCAGAAGGGGAGUAGGAAGGAGAAAGAUUCCACUUUCCAACCCAGAAAAACAUUUCUUCCCACCAAUGACACACUUGGCCUCAGCAUGCAGAAACGUCUUGGAGAAUACUUACAUAUUCCCAGCCACUUAUCUUCUUUUCUCUUAUCUCUUCUGUUUCCAAGCCCAUACACUACUCUUGUGUCAAGCACUCCAAUUAAUAAUUAUUAUAUUCAGACUCUUCACGUUUUCCAACUCUUGAGAACGCGGCUUCUGAACUCUCUUCCCCUACUCUCUCUCUCUAUUUUUUAAUCAGAUCAUCACCCACCAAAAGCUUUGGUACUACUCAAUUCAGUUUUCCUACAGUACUUCUCCCAUACCUGCCAUUUCUUGUUCUCUUUUUCAAAGGUUUUAUUUUCUUAUCUUUUCAAUAAAUUACUACCAUUUCUUUGUCUUAUUUUAUUCUGCAUCAUGAAAACUGAUGACUUCUAUCAAUCUUAAUUUGUCCACAGGCAUGGAAGAUGAUCAUCGAGAGACAGUUUCCCAACCCAAUUUAGACGAUGGGACAACGAGGGUUUUCCCUUGUUUAUUCUGUUCAAGAAAGUUUUACAGUUCUCAAGCCUUGGGAGGCCAUCAAAAUGCUCACAAGAAAGAGAGAACUGCUGCAAGAAAUGCUAAAAGGGCAUCCGAAUAUGGACCAACCAGCAGCUUCUUAUCUUCUCCGGCAUUACCAAUGGUCUAUGCACCAGCAAGCCACCAUUUGGGCUUUUUACACUCUCCGAUGUAUAUAACAGCUCAUGCUGCCAACUUCCGUUAUUUCCCCAAUCACCAUUCAUCGGACAGACUCGGGUCGAAUGGUGGAGCCAGGUUUGAUGGUAAUGUGGUGUUUUAUGGUGGGAGUAGCAAUGGAUAUCACCAUCAUCUAUUUGAAGAAGACAAGCAAAGUUACUUGAAUUGGCAGAGGAGCAUAAGAUGCAAUAGAGGCUUGACUCAACAGCUAGCAAUGACGGAGGAUAAAAAUCAUCAAGGCAUUCGAAGAGCUGAUCGUAAGGACAAAGAUCAAAAGCUUGACCUAUCUCUUCACUUAUGAACUAAGAGAGAAUGAUGGCUUUUUUUUUUUUGAGUA